AUGUCUGUCCGCGAGCGAGCCGUAGUGCUUAUUGAUGGUCCGGCCAUAGUGCAUCGCUGGUAUCACCGCUGGAGCUACACUAGUAAAAAGACCCCAGUGGACGUGAAGCGGUUCACCAUCACGAACGCACGACACAUGAUUGCUACGGCGCACAGCUUUGACCCCAGCCAUCUGUUCCAACACCUCCUCUCCCCGCAGGUAGAGUACGCCCACACCCCGAAACACAACAAAAUCAUCGUUUGCUUUGAUCAGGGGGACGGCGGACGGCGCGAGAUUUAUCCACAGUACAAGGAGAACCGCGAGAAACGUGACUAUGAGGCGGAGCUCUCUGUGAUUAAGAAAGUCGCGACGAAGGUGUUCACUGGAGAGCCCAAAAACACACUCCUUGUUCUUCCAGACUUUGACGCCAAACUCAAAGAUGUGGACGCAGAGGCGGAUGACAUGAUUUCCACCCUAGCGCUGCACAACCAGCAGCUUAAGAUACCCACUGUGGUUAUGUCGCACGACUACGACCUUUACCAACUUAUAGACGAGGCAAAUAAGUGCUACCACUACGAUAUACGCACAAAGCAUUUGGUAUCUGAAAAGGGUGUCAUUGAGCGUCUCGGGGUACACCCGAAACUUGUUCGCGACUACAAGUCUCUUGCCGGUGAUUCUUCAGACAACAUUCCUGGUGUGAAGGGCAUAGGAAAGACCCGCGCACUACAGUUGCUUAAAAAAUACGGCGAUUUAGAUGGUGUUCUUACAAAAGGCAGUAAAAAGCAAGGUGGGCAUUUAGGAGACUUGUUGCGUGCCGGUUUGGCUGACGCGGAGCUAUCGCGAAAACUGGUUGAGCUGCGAAACUGUCCCAAGGUACUGAGGGCCUGUGAGGCUUUUAUGAAGCUGUAG